UUACAUUAAAUUUCUUUGUUUAAAUUAAAAUUAAGAACAUGAUCUAUUUUAGUGAUAAUGAGUGAAAUUAGGGACAAAGUACUUUAUUCUAAGGAGCCUUACACCCUUGAUCCUGGUCAAGAGAGGAUUAUAUUUAAACUUCUUGAUCUUAUACAAGCAGAACUCAGAGAGACAGGGGAUAGAGACUGGAUUUUGGAUUGUACCACAGAGAAUAGUGUUAGGAUUUCCCACAUUCUUGGGAGGAGUAUAAAGGUGGCUAGUGGAUUAACUAGGCUUGGAUUUAAACCAGGAGAUACAUUACAUACUGCCUAUUCUACCUGCCUUGAUUUCUACUGGCCUAUAUUCGGAGCUUGGUUAUGUGGGGGAGUGGUGAGUGUAGGAGAUCCUGGCUUAUCAGCCUCCAAUUUGAAAUCACAAAUACAGGACACACAUGCAAAGAUUAUAGUCUGUGAAGUGGAGAGCUGUAGUAAGUUUCUAGAGGCAAAUCAGUCCCUUCUAAGUGCAGAGCAAGCAUCCAACAUCCUUGUGCUUGAUCUAGAACCAUGGCAGCCUAUUCCUGAAGGAACAUCCAGCUUUCGGUCACUGUAUGAGGACCAAGGAGAUCAAUGUCCUGAUCGAGCAUCUUUGCCAGGAUACAUUCCAAAAGAACCGGUUGUUAUACAUUGGACUAGUGGAACAACAGGGUCUCCAAAGGGUGUUGUCAUGUCUCAAGAAUAUCUUCAUUUUCAGAUGAGACAGAGCAAGCUUCCUGAGAAAACUAUUGGACUUGCAUCAAAUACCUUCUUCCAUGCAGGAUCUUUCCUCUUAUCCCUUGAUGGAGGGAUCAGGAACAAAUUUUCAAUUCAUUUCAUCCAGCCUAAGCAUACAACUGUUGAGAGCAUCUUCCGCUUCAUUGAAAAAUACAAACCUAUGUUCUUCAUGUGUGGGGCUAAUGAUUUUGUUCAGCUUGCAUCAAGUGACCUGGCCAAGUUUGACCUAAGCAGUGUGAAUGUAAUAAUGCCUGCUGGAAACAAGAUAGCUAAAUCUGCUGCAACGAGAAUGAAAGAAAAGUUCCCUAAUCUCAAGUUUGUCUAUCAGUUCUAUGGAAGCACUGAGGUUGGGGGAGUAAGUGGUUCCUUUACAGUUGAGAACAUGGGAGCUCUGAGGGAGGGUGUUCAGACAUAUAUUAGAGAUCAGAAAACAGGGGAAAAGCUGGGAGUAGGAGAAGUAGGGGAAAUAAUGGCAAAAACCCCAACCAUGAUGAUCCAUUAUCUGAAUAGACAAGAUGAAAGCAGAGAACUACUUGACGAAGAAGGAUUUGCACACAUGGGUGAUCUAGGUUACUAUGAUGAAAAUGGUAUCCUGCAUUACAAAGAGAGGAUAAAAGAAAUGAUAAAGAUUGGAAACUAUUGGAUUGGACCUGCAGAGUUUGAAGAUAAUCUUGAAAAUAUACCAGGUGUAGUGGAAGCUGUUGUCUGGCAGUCGAUGAAUAAAGAAACAGACAACUACUACAUUCAUGGUGCAGUAACUCUACAAGCAUCUAGUGGUCUCAACCCUGAGAAGAUACUGGAACUAGCAAACAAGGAUGUAGAAGUAAAACGUAGAAUAGAUGGAACUAUUCAUAUUAUAAAUAACAUGCCUCACAACCCACAGGGGAAAAAGCUGAGAAGAACAGUUCGCCAAAUGUUUGAGUAAUUGCAUGAAAACAUUAUUGUGACACAUUAUGAAAUAAACUGUUUUAAGCAUUAAA